AUGAGGAGUGAAGUUGUUUUGCCGGGUGACGUCGUUAAUCUCGAUAAGAACGACGCAUCUGCCACUCAAGUAAUUGUUGGCUGUGGGUUUGAUCAUUGUUUUAAUGAAGAAGGCGAUCAAUUGUUAGUGGUACAACCAGGUCUUAAAAUAUGUGCUAAUGGAAAGCAAUGGAUACUUACUCACUCUCGAAGGUACAUACCAUGUAAUGGUGAUCGAGUGCUAGGUGUGGUCACGUCUACACAUGGAGAUGCGAUAAAGGUUGAUAUUGGUUCAGCUGAUCAAGCUUUUCUCAAUUUCCUCUCUUUUGAAGGUGCAACAAAAAGUAAUCGGCCGAAUUUGAAAGUAGGCGAUUUAUUAUUUGCGUCGAUUAAGUUUGCUUCAAAACAUCUCGAACCUGAGCUGACUUGCGUCGAUGAUGAUGGUCGAGCUCGUGGUUUAGGUGUAUUACCCACUUCUGGUUUUACUUUUAAUACAAGUCUUAAUCUUGUUCGGCGCUUGUUGUCUCCCACUUCUAAAUUAUUAUCUUUAAUUGGCAGAGAUCUUAAAUUUGAAAUUACUUGUGGAUUGAAUGGGCGUAUAUGGAUCAAUGGACAAAAUACGAAGGAAAUUAUCGCUAUUUAUCAUAUGAUUCAAGAAUCGGAAUCAGUUGCUGAGCCAGAUAUUCCACGUUUUAUUGAAAGGAAAAUGCGACUACUUCAGGGUUUCCCUGUUGAGGAUACUGUUGUUACACCCAUGAAUAUUGAUCCUUGA